AUGUCGUCAAGUGAAUAUACCGCUCUUGUUGCGGAACUCAAUAAGACUAAAAAAAGUGUCUUGAAAGCUCUUCACGAGAGGGCUUCUGAAAAUCCAAUACUACAACAGCUUGUGAAAAACAAUGUGAAAUCUAGUCGGAAAGUUCUCCAAAUAGGUAAAGGAAUAGAAGAUGUGAAUUUUCUGCGAUGGGAAUUGGUUGCUUGCCUCAUCUGCGCCUGGAUUUUGAUUUACUUUGCUAUAUGGAAAAGUAUUAAAUCAUCAGCUAAAGUUCGAUAUUUCACUUCAACAUUUCCAUUCGUAAUCAUUGUCAUUUUACUGAUAAAAUCUUUAACGCUGGAAGGAGCUGAUUUGGGAAUGCGUUAUUUCUUCAAACCGAAAUUUGAGUUACUUCUAGAUGCCAAGGUGUGGGUAAAUGCUGCUAGCCAGACAUUCAACUCUAUGGGUUGUGCAUUCGGAUCGAUGAUAUGUUUUGCAAGUUACAAUAAGUACAACAACACCAUUUUGCACGACACCAUAGCAGUGUGGCUAGUCAAUGGGAUAACAAGUUUGAUCGUUGGCAUAUUCGCCUUUGCUACUAUAGGAAACAUAGCAACGGAACAGGGUACCUCAAUUGAAGAUGUGAUUGAUGAUGGUCCUGGAUUGAUUUUCGUGGUCUACCCACAAGCAAUGGCCAAAAUGCCGGCCUCUCAACUUUGGGCUGUUAUAUUUUUCUUUAUGUUAAUAUGCCUCUCUUUGAACAGCCAAUUCGCAAUAAUCGAAGUUGUGGUAACAGCAAUUCAAGAUGGGUUUUCUGGAUGGAUAAAGAAGAAUUUAAUGUGCCAUGAAAUUCUCGUUCUGAUCAUAUGCGUUGUUUCUCUUAUUUGCGGACUUCCUAAUGUAACAGAGGUGAGAAAAAAGAUAUAAAAUAGAGUAUUUCGA